AUGAUACGAUUCCCAUCUGGGGACGAGAAAGACAAAGCUUUCUCAGAAGAGCAACGCUUUUACUACUUGAGGCUGAUGGCCAAGCCAUCAGAAAACAAGAACGAGCCAAUAAAAGCCAAAUUUGUGCGUUGGGCACCACAAUGUCCUCAACAAAGCAGCGUUGAAGGUGAUCAGGAACUCGAGCAAUUUUUUGCUUUCUGA